AUGGCGGUCGGUGUAUACUCGUUUCCAUUGCUCAAGCCACGCGAGAUCUUUGCAUGUUUAGGAGAAAUGCGCGUACUCGUAUCCGAGGAAGAUAUACGCGCUUGUGAUCCAGCUGCCGUACGCACAGUACUCGAAGCGUUUAUUGAGAAUACCAUGGGCGUGACACGCGAGGAUAUGGCACAGAUUGCAUUCCCAGGUCUAUCAACCUUAAGCUUCCCUGAAAUCCACGCCGAGUCGAUUCCAGAGCUUAUUUUCUAUCGUAAAGCUCAAAUGUUGUUAGCGGCUUGUGGUGUCGAUGACUUUGGACUGCGUGAUGUCUUGCACCCGACUCCCAAGCGCGUCCGACGACAGCUCAGUGCACUUAUUAACUUUGCCAAGUUUCGAGAGGAGCGAUUGGCGGCAUUUAGUGAUGUCACAGGGCAAACAGAUGAGCUAAUGGAUCAAGCAAAAGGAUUGCGUGAAGAGAGUGCGAUGUUGCAACGAGAAUUGGACCAGCUAUUGGAAGAACAAAAGGCUGAGGAACCGGCACGACAACAGCUGCAAAUGGAAGUUACGGAAUUACAGAAAGAAAUUAAUGUACUGAACAGGCAGCAAGCAGUGAUGCAUCAUGAGAAGGAUGAAAAGCGGGAUAAACGAAAAGAGAUGGAGGACAUUGUGGCGUCUGCGAGGUUUAACAGGAUUGAAGCAGAGGCGGAAAUUGAAAGACUCAAGGCGCAGAUUGUUACGUCACCUGAUCGGGUCAAAGGAGAGCUUGCAGCAAUUGCAGAAACGGUGGAAAAGGCCAAGGACGAUGUGCAUGUGCUGGAAGAGAAACGCAGCGUUGUACUGGGAUUCAUUGACGUGUAUGAGAGAGCGGAGAAGGAACUGGCAAGGACGUUUACACUGUUGGAUGAAAUUGAGCAGGAGAUGGAAGCGUGCAAGGAAGCCAAAACUCAGGUCAAAAACGCUCGUACGCGUAUCCAUGAGCUUAAAGUUCUUACUUUGGAGACAAACACUCGACGACAACGGCUGGAGAAAAUCGUCGAGCUGAAAAGACGAGACCUUUGGAGGUUUAUUGAAGAAGCACGAACGGCAGAAGAAGCUGCUUCUAAAGCACUUCAAAUUGCUCGUGAUAAGCUCAAGAAGCUCGAGUUUGUACACUUAGAAGUCCGCCAGCGCAUUGUCCAGAACACAGAUGCCAGUCGCAAGGUGGAGCUCAAUAUGAGAGAGAUGGAAGCCCAGUAUGAGAAAGAGCUCAAGAAUUUGGAGCAGAUGUACGCACGUCUUCAGCAAGCCGCAAACUACUACAAUGAGCAGGUGCUCAAGGCAAUUCAGUCAGGUUCUUAG